CGAAACCAUUCCAUGGAUCCUGUUUAUGGUCGGCCCAACAGGAAACCUACAGGACAAAGCAAACCAUGACAUGUCGUUUAUGCAACAAAUUUAUAUCAUUUUGACUAGAUAAACAUGACUAACGUAGCUGCGACGUUAGCGCAGCUGACGGAGGUGGCAAAUGGGGAACUGGCUGGACAGCUUGCUGAAGAUGCACUAGUAGAAGCAGCAGAAGCUGUUCAGGAGCUUAGGGCUGAGGCUGGUUGGGCUGCACUUCAAGGCGAAGACCUCUCGGCCGUGGCGCUGACUCGCGCAUUAGGAGACAUCCUCAAGCUUCAGGACGCAUCUUUAAGGAGCAGAGCAGCCACUGUUUACGGGACACUUCUAAGUUUGCCUGAUGCACCGGUUGGAACGCUCUGCGAGCCAUAUGCUUUCGUGGGCUUUGUCCACUGCCUUAAAAGCCUGUGCCUGCCGGCUAAGCAGCAGCAAGCUGGGGAUGGCGUCCAGCAGCAGGAUGCAGCGGCCGAGCCCGCUGCUUCUCCCCUGGCCCUCCUCGAGGACCUGGGGUCCUUCCUCAAGCAGCACGACAUGCGCAGCAGCCCUGAGAUGUUUACCAUGCUCCUAGAAGCCUUGGUUGACAUGACCGGAAGUGGUCUUUCGUCGGAGGCCCAGGGCAAACCUGGGAAGGCAGGAAAGCGAGGUGGCGGAGCCCGCAAUCAAGGAGGAGCGAGUGUUGCUGAGGCGGCUUUCUCGCUGCUUCCAGUCAUGGUGGAUAGCCGCCAUGGAGACGUGGUGCAGACGAUGGCGGUGCUCUGCCACCGCCUCGUGCCCUCGAUGGUGGGAUCGGAAGGUGCGAGGCGCGGGGGCCAUGGCAUGGACCGGCGGUCAGCGGCACUGGGCCUAGUGAACGAGUUGUUAAGCACCUACACCGCCGCCAAGCCCUGCCUGCUGGCGCUCAUGCGGGAGCUGUGUCUGCGCGCACCUGACAAGGCGGACAGCCGGCAGCUGGCGGUGGCCGCCGUACAAGCGCUGCUCCCCAACUGCACUCCGGACGACGUGCACAAGUUCUGUCUCUUCCUGCACCGCCUCUCCCGCACACACAAGACCAGCAACCGUAUGGUUGCGGUGGAGCUAGCAGGAGCGCUGCUGUCCGCGCUGCCAGCGCCCUUCGCCGCCACGGGCUCCUACCAGCGGAUCAUGGACGGCAGCUGCGGCGCGGGUGAUGAGCUGGACGCCCCCUGGAGCGCUCUGUGUCUGGGCAUCGUGGUGGCCCGCUCCAACGACAAAUCCGCAAGCGUACGCUGUAAGGCCAUGGCCUGCCUCGCGGACUGCGCGCAGUCCUUUGCCAAUCUGCUUCGCGUAGCUAGCAGCGGCGGUGGAGGCCAGGAGGCGGCAGGAGCGGCAGCGUUCGUGCCCGCACUGUGCGCCUCGCGGUGCAUUAGGGUCCAGGUGACCGAGCCACGUAAACCCGGAUCAGCUGGAGGCGAGGGUGACGACGAGGAUGGCGACGAGGAGAUGGGGGAGGGGGAGGGGCCGCAGGCGUUCCCGCCCCCGGAGGCCAAGGUGACCGCAACCAUCCCUGGCAAGCCGUCCAUGGACCUCUCAUGGAUGACCGUCAUGUGCCACGACCGCUGCCGAGAUGACAAGGCGGCGGUGCGCAAGGCCGCGUUGUUGCUGCUGGAGGCUGUGAUGGAGCUCUGCGCUGCAGCAGCACACGCACCCGCAGCCGACGGGGCGGGAGGCCAGCCUGCUUUCGAACCCACUGCGCAGGACGUGCAGGUGCUAGAGGACGCUACAGCGGACUCGCUGGUCAGUGUGCGCAAGGCUGCCCUGCAAGUCGUCUGCAGCCUCGUCAGCUGCUACCCCCAUCACGCAGGCCUCGCCGGCGUCUGGGCCCGCUGUGUGCUGCCCAUGAUCCGCGAUCCUGAGAGUGCUGUACAAGAUACCGUACUGGACCGCCUUUCGGCGCUGCUUCUAGACCCUGUUGCGACGCUCGCCAAGGGUGCCGGCGGCCGGGGCGGAGCAGGCCGGGGCGCCGGUGCAGCGGCUGCUGCACAGGCAGAGGUACAGCAUCGUCUUGCUGCGCUGGCGCAGAUGGGCCGCGCUGCGUCGAGCUGCCUGGGCAAGGCGCUUGGCAUGCUGUCAGCGAAAAAGCUGCUGCGGGGGCCGCAGGUGGCGGCGGGUCUGGAGGUCUUCCUGACUGCGGCAGCAAACGAGGCGGCUGCCGAGGAGCCCAUGCAGGCUGCCCCUCGCGCCCGCAACCAGCGGGACCCCGCCGCCGUUGCGGAGGCGGAACAGGCCCGCCAGCGGCGCCGCGAGCUCCGAGACCAGCGCGAGGGCGCCUGGAUGCUGCUUGUGGAAGUGGCAGGUCAGGACCCCGCCGCCCCCUCCUGGCAGUUCCUGCAGCGCUGCUGGGGGGAGCUGCAGGCUGCGGGCGCGGGUGCGUCAGCGCAGGAGGGUGCGAUGCUGCUGUGGGUGAUCAGCCAUGCGGCGUCGCGGUUCCCUGCGGCCGAUGCCACCAACCUGGCGGCGGGCCUGUUGCAGGCCAUUCUGGGCUUCAACCUGCCGUGUGCCGCGGUGGCCGCCCACCUGGCGGCACUGCUCAAGUUGACACAGGCGGAGGGCGGGCAGGCGGUGGUGGGGGCGCCGGCGCAGUGGUGUGCACGCGUGCUGGAGGCGGCUGAGGAGGUGCUGGGACAGGCCAUGGAGGCCAGGGGCAACCUGACCCCCGUGCUGGCGACCCGCUGCCAGCUGGCGUUGUUCACGUUGGGGGAGGUGGCGCUGCUGCGGGAGACCAAGAUGCCCGGCGGGGUGCCGGUCAAGGUGCAGGCGCUCACGCACGCACGUGCAGGGGGGGUCGGCGGCAGUGCUGUCGGAGCAAGCGGAACCGCCGUUGCUCAGGCACGAGCGCCACAGGCUUUCAGUGCGGUUUCUGCGCAUGCAUGGACAUGCCUGGGUAAGCUUUGCAUCGCGGACGAGAGCCUGGCCAAGAAGUGCGUACCGCUGCUGGUUCAGGAGAUGUCGGGCUCCCCCAGCCCCGUCAUCCGCAACAACCUGCUGGUGGGGCUGUCAGACAUGGUGGUGCAGUUCACGGGGCUGGCAGACGCCUACGUGGGGCGGCUGGCAGCCAUGGUGCGCGACCCGCAUGAGCUGGUGCGGCGGCAGGCGCUGGCGCUGCUGGCGAACCUGCUGCUGAGGGACUUUGUGAAGUGGCGGGGCGCGCUGGUGCACAGAUUCCUGCUGGCCCUGGUGGACGAGUCCCCGGGUGUACGGCAGCUGGCGCAGUACCUGUUGAGUGACUCACUGGCCGCCAAGGCGCCCAUGCUGGCGUACAACCACUUUAUCGAGUCGCUCUUCGUGCUCAACGACUGCAGUGCGGGUGUGCACGCCAGCCGCGCCGGCGGGGGCUCCUCCGAGCUGGCGGCCGAGCUGGCGCUGCACAGCGCGCUGGAGGGCGGCGGCUUCCACCUCAAGGGCGCCACGCCCGUCAUGAGGGCUAAGCGCGACAUCAUUUACACGGCGCUGCUGCGGCGCAUGAGCCCCGAGCAGCGCUUCUCCGCGGGCGCCAAGCUGGUUGCGGAGGUGCUGAGCGGCGUGGUGGACGGGUUGCUGCCGCUGGGGGAGGCGGAGGAAGUGCUGGGGGAUGCGCUGCGGCUGCUGGCGUGCAAGGACAUGAAGGUCAACGCAAACCGCUUCGGAGCGUCCGCUGACGACGACGGUAUGGACCAGGGUACCCAGGACGAUGCGAGCAAGGCUCGCGGCAAGCUGGUGGGCGCCAUGAUGCGGAAGCACCUCACAGAGCACGUGAUUCCCGCCAUGGUGGAGCUGCGGUACAUGCUGCAGGCGCAGAAGCACCCGUUGCUGGGGUCUCUGAUGCUCUGCAUGGCCUCGCUGCUGCGUGACUACAAGUCCGAGGUGGAGGACAUCAUUGUGUGUGACAGACAGCUUGCGCGGGAGAUCAUGCACGACCUCAAGCACUACGAGACGCUGGCCAAGCAGCAGCAACAGCAGCAGGAGGCGGCCAUGGCAGCAGCCCUCGCAGGCGGGGGCCAGGCAGCAAACCGCGGCGCUAAUGCCACCGCUGCACCGGCGGUUGCACCAGCUGCCGCCCCGGCGAUGUCGGGCCAAGCGGCUACCGGUCCCCAUCAUGCGGAAGCGCAGGCAGCUUCAUCGGAGGGGACGCUUGCCCGCAUGCCGCCACCGCCUCCGCCGGUUCCAGGUGACAGACAGCGGCGGAAGACGGCGGUGUUGCCAGGCGUGGAGCCAGGCCGGACACCUCUCGCUGCGGAGUUGCUGGAGAGUGCCGCCAACAACCGGCUCAACGGCCCGUCGCUCACACCUGCCGGCGCAGCGGCUGCGGCGAAGACCCCUAUCGCAGGCCUGUUUGGAGGAGAUCCCGCAGUCGCCCUGCGCACACCAAUUACCGGGCUUCUUGGCACCGCACAGCGUGCUGGCAGGGCCGCCGCAGGCGGGAUCCCUUUUUUGUCGCCCGCGCCACUAUCCGCCAAGGCACGCGCGAUGCAGCAACAGCAUCGUCAGCAGGGCGGCAUGACACCCGCGCCUUCGCUAGGCCCGGCUCGUGGUCGGCCGCCCAUUCCGCCUGCAGCGGCCGCAGGAGCAGCAGCGGCGGCCGCACCCGCAGCGGCGGACCCCAACGUGCGGGUUACCGUGGUCUUGCCGAGCCCCGUGCCCGGUGCCGUCAGGCCCUUGGGAUUGCAUAACCUGGCUGGCAGCCAAGCAGUAGUGCCGGCACAGCUACAGCAGGAGGCCCCUGCUGCUGAUGCUGCUGCAGGUGGGAAGCCGCGGUCCAGCAGGCGUGGGGCUGCUGCAGGUGCGAUGGCGGACGACGAGGAGAACGAGCACCCUGAUGACGGUGUGGACGAUGCGGCGGGUGAGAAGCAGCAUGCAGGCACAGGAGGAGGAGUGGCCUCACGGCAGGAGGCAAAGGAGGUUGCGGAGGGGGCGAGGCCUCGCCGUGGUGCUGCAAAGGCGGGCGGUGGUGUGCAGGUGAAGCAGGAAGCUGCCAGUGUGAAGCGGGAGGCUGCUGCGGAGGGAGUGCUAGGGCCUGCUGCAGCUCAGGCAGCCCCUGCGGGGCGGAGCCGCGCGUCCAAGCGGCGACAUGACUGACAACAUGCUUGGCGGGGCAAGUUAACAUGGACUCGACACGGGUGGGAACACUGAUAUGUAUGGGCGGUGCUGAUGAUAUUGUGCACUGGCGAAAGAAACAGGGCGCGCUGUAUGAUUACAUGUUUUAUUAAGUGAUCUCGGAUAGACUUAAGCGGUACGCAAUCGUACCGGGCUAGGGGUUUUACGACACCCCUUAUAGGACUUCCAGCAAACAUCGAUGCAGAAACACGUCCUGGAGUGGCCUGCUCGCUACAGUGCCAUAUCGUAUUGUUGGUGGAGGGUAUGAUAGCCCUGCCGCGUGGGAUGCUUGACACACAACUUUCCUUGGAGCUAAU